AUGCGCGCAGUAGUCUUCAAAGGUGUUGGGCAGGUGGCGGUUGAGGACCGUCCCAAGCCCGAGGUCGUUCAUCCGACCGAUGUCAUACUCAAGGUUAAAGUUUCAGCCUUGUGUGGCAGCGAUCUUCACUGGUAUCGCGGCCAUCAGACAAUUCCUACAGGCUUUAUUCCUGGCCAUGAAUUUAUUGGUGUCGUUAGUGAGAAGGGAAGCCAAGUCAACACCGUCGACAUUGGCGAUGUCGUGGUGGCUACCUUCUCAACGCAAUGCGGGCAGUGCUUCUACUGUCUAAAGAAACAGACUAGUCGCUGUUCUAACAACUUCUUGUUUGGUAAUAGCGCUGGUAUUAACAGCAUUGACGGUGGACAGGCCGAGUUUGUCAGGGUUCCUCAAGCCGACUCAACUUUGAUUAAGGCUCCCCCUCAAAUUCCCGAACACCUCCUAGUCCUCAUGGGUGAUAUCUUCCCAACGGGCUACUUUUGUGCUACCCGCUUUCUCAAGCAUAUGUCCAAGGAGGAAGCGAAGAGCAGCGUUGUCGCUGUGGUUGGCUGCGGACCUGUUGGUAUAUGUGCCAUUGCCACUGCCUUGACCAUGUCUGACACAGUCUACGCUCUCGAUCUCGUCCCAGAGCGCCUUGCCGAAGCAGAGAAACUCGGUGCCAAACCUCUUCUUAUCACCGAAGACCCUGUUGCUGCGGUCAAGAAGGCCACUGAGGGUAGAGGUGUAGACAUCGCCCUGGAAGUUGUUGGCACGGUGGAUUCUCUCCAGUUGUGCCUGGAUAUGGUGCGGCCUUUUGGCGAGAUCAGCAGUGUUGGUCUGCAGACGCAGACUCUCCCGUUGGACGGGCCCACCUUGUAUGGGAAGAACGUGACAAUAGCUUGGGGUAGAUGUCCUGUUCGAGGAAUCUUUGAAGAUGCUCUAUCUUGUUUGGCCGACGUACAGGAUAAGGUUUCAUUUCUUUGCGCAUACACUGUUAGCCUGGAGGACGCUGCGCAGGCUUACGAAGUGUUCAGCCAGAGGAAAGUCCACAAGGUUUUGCUGAAACCUUAG